AUGGCGUCCGGAUUGUUCUCCAGAUCGCCCAAUGACCCUACAAGACCUCCAGAUGCUCGCAUUCAGUUUGGAGAACAGCAACCUCAUGAUAUCUACCUGAAUGGAACACCUCCAGCUGCUCGACACGCCUACAGCCAUGUUGAUAACACACAUUCGAAAACACACGUUCAUAGUGCCUCGUUGUUCGAUAUUGGCAUCCUGAAGGAUACUCUGGUACCUUCAUUGACUCUCCAUUCCGGCCUUGCAGUCAUUGCGUACGGGAUCUCGCGAUACACUCAACGCGUCGAGAUCAAGGACUGGCUCUGGCCCAGCGGACAGGUCGCUAACGCCUGGUGGUCUGCCAUCGGUCGACGCCUUGCUGCAGGCCUGACGUUGACACAGGCUCUCAACCGCUUGUCAUGGCACGAGCGGGUCAUGCUGACUGGAGUGACUCUCUGGGGUGGCCGACUCUUCUACCGAAUCGCUCGUCGGUCGAUCCAACGUGGGGAAGACGACCCGCGGUACGCUGAGGUCAAGAAGGAGGAAGGUUUCUGGAACUCAGCUCUCUUCAAGGUCUUCAUCCCGGAGGCUUUCUUCCAGAUGCUGAUCAGUCUCCCGUUCACUGCCCCAUUCAGGCACGAAGGUGCGGUCAUGAUGGGCUACCAUCCUUACAUCCAGAUGGCGGCUGUUGGUCUGUUCUCUUCUGGUCUGGCGUUGGAAACUCUUGCAGACUACCAGCUCGACCAAUACAAGGCAGAAGGAGGUCGGGGGAUCCUCCGAGAGGGUGUCUGGAGCCUCGUUCGCAAUCCUAACUACCUUGGCGACGCGCUCGUACACAUCUCGUUCAUCGUCAUGCUCUAUGGCUCUGACAUGCUUGCUCCCAUCGAGCUCCUUGGGCCAAUCGCAAACUACUGCUUCCUUCGUUUCUUUGGUGGUGAUGCUGAGAAAGAGAAGCACCAAGAGCGCCGAUAUUCUGCUUCUCAGCCUGACAAGCUCGCUGAGCUGCAAAAGUUCCGCGCUGAUAAGAAUGCGUUUUGGCCGAGCAUGGAAGAGCUCAGCAACAAGUGGUUGUGGACUGUCUUGGGUAUUGGUGGACUUGGUAUUGCGGUGGAACAGACACUGAGGACACUGCACUAG